AGAGAUUGGUGAAAGUGUGAGAGGAGAAGAUGUGUAUAUCAUCCAGAGUGGCUGUGGAGAAAUAAAUGACAACUUAAUGGAACUACUCAUCAUGAUCAAUGCUUGCAAGAUUGCAUCAUCCUCCAGAGUGACUGCCGUAAUUCCAUGUUUUCCAUAUGCCAGGCAAGAUAAGAAAGACAAGAAGGGGUCCGUGGAGCGUUGGAGUCGUGCUCCAAUCUCCGCAAAACUUGUUGCCAACAUGCUGUCGGUUGCAGGGGCUGACCACAUCAUCACCAUGGACUUGCAUGCUUCUCAGAUCCAGGGUUUCUUUGACAUUCCAGUAGAUAACCUGUAUGCAGAACCUGCGGUGCUGCAGUGGAUUAAAGAGAACAUUUUGGAGUGGAGAAACUGUAUCAUAGUCUCACCUGAUGCAGGUGGUGCAAAAAGGGUUACGUCAAUUGCUGAUAGACUGAAUGUGGAAUUUGCUCUCAUUCAUAAGGAAAGAAAGAAGGCAAAUGAAGUGGACAGAAUGGUCUUGGUCGGUGACGUGAAAGACAGAGUAGCAAUUCUUGUCGAUGAUAUGGCUGACACAUGUGGCACAAUAUGUCAUGCAGCAGACAAGUUAGUGUCUGCUGGAGCUACUAAAGUUUAUGCCAUUCUUACUCAUGGCAUCUUUUCUGGUCCUGCUAUUUCUCGGAUUAAUAAUGCAUCGUUUGAGGCUGUUGUGGUAACUAAUACAAUCCCCCAAGAAGAGAAAAUGAAACACUGCCCAAAAAUUCAGUUUAUUGACAUUUCCAUGAUCCUGGCUGAGGCAAUUCGAAGAACACACAAUGGUGAAUCUGUGUCUUACCUGUUUAGUCACGUCCCCUUGUAACUGCAGGAGAUUACAUUCCAUCUUUGCAAAGGUCCUUUCGGCUAGCACUGCUGUUUUUAACAAUCCAUCUCAACAACAAGAAAUGAGUAUCUUUGUACAAUUCCAGAGCUUGUAUGUUUAAUUAUUAUAUUUGUCUUGUAAUCAUUUGUUCUUUGUAAAUGGGCAAUAAAUCUCUGUCUUGC